AAUGGACGCUCUGGCAGGGGAGUAGGGUUGAACCGAGCGUUCUAGGCUCACAACGGCAGUCAAGCACGACUGGCUAAAGUUAGCUAGCUUGCUAGUAACUUCCAGAAAAAAAUGAGAGAACACCUCAGUCUGACCAUUUUACUCGCCCAGCAGAGCUGGUUAGGGGGUUUUCAUGUUAUCCAGAGCAUUGGUGACUGUAACUGUGCUUCUGGCAACAAUUUAAUUACGCUUUUUUCCCCGACGUUUAAUGACACCGGCCAUAUUCAAAGCAUGUUGAUGGUCAGUUAUCCUGCGCUCUGCCACGCUCAGACGGGAGUGCUCUGACAUCGGAGUAGACAGCCAGAGCGAAUUUACAAACGCUCCCUUAGAUUGAAACACGUUGAUGCUGAUGUCGCAAUCAAACCGCGACAGUUGCCCAGGGAACUUGUCAAACAAAACAUUCCAGACAUUUGAAUGUAGAGCCGGCUAGAGGUAUAUGUCAAAGUUUAGGGCACAAGUUAAGCAUGAGAAAAUGCUGAAUAAGCCUACCAACAAGACUAUGGGACAAGUAAAAGUAGACUUGCCCUCUCCAGAGAAAUAUCUGCUCAAGCACUCCAAGGAACCCAAACUUCCUGAAAAGCAACCAUUUUCAUAUUUGGAUUAUGAGACUUUCAAAAAACCACAAAUACCUGCCAAAGCAGACAACCCACUUAUGGGCAUUCACACCAAAAAGGACUUUGUAAAGACAAACGCCUUUGAGAACAUCAUGGCAGUGCCAAAAAAGCCACAGCCUAUCUAUGCCGACACUAAAACUGGAGACAAACAGCUCCUGGAAAAUUCAGGACUACUCCCAAAGUACAUCAAGAAAAAGGACUUUGGGAAGACCCCUGAGUACUUGCAGCAUCGCACUGAGGAGGUGAGGAGGGCUCAGGAUGAGUAUGACAGCUUUGUCAAGGAACACAUGAGACAGGGCACCAUGAAACAGCUCUCUGAGGAUGAGCGAAACAACAUCCUACAGGGCUUGAAGAUGAACUGGGGGGAGCUGCACCAUCAGUACCAGGGACUCUCUGUUGUCACGGACACCACCCCUAAGAAGUACCGCAAGGAGCGUCUGGAGCUGGAGAUGAAGCAGCUGGAGAGGGACAUUGACCUCAUCGAGAGAUACAAGACUAUAUUCAUCGCCAACAACUAACACACGACACCUCUUUUCUUUAGUGUCAAAUGGCAAAUACAUUGUAAACAGAUAUUCAGUGAAGAAAAAAACUACUGCCCUAAAUGCUAGAUGUGAAAUUGUCUGGAAAAUAGUCAUAUAACUCUCAUUACCCCUGUCUAUGAUUUCACUUUGUUUUGGAAAACUAAAUAAACUCUGCACUAUAUUUUAA